AUGGUAACAAAAGGAGCAGCGAUGUCCUUCCCUCAGUUCGGAUACCCAUACAACGCGACUUCACAGUUUUUCGUGUCAGCAAGUCCCAGCUCGACGUGUUGCGAAUCCGGCUCCAGAACUGGAUCUGAAGGCUCUACAGGGGCGGCCCAGGCUGCCAUUUGCUGUCCUUCCUAUGAUAACAGACUGCUGGCCAACGCCAGGACUGAGAUCAACGCAGCUGCUGCGGCUCUGGGCAUGUACAGCUCUCCCUAUGCAACUGCAGCCAGCCAGAGCUAUGGGAACUACCUUACAUACAGCACAGACCCCUCUGCUCUCUACUCCUCACUGAAUUCCCAGUAUGAAAUUAAAGAUGGCACUGGGAGUUUGCACUCGGGAAUAGCUCAACCAGCUGCCUACUAUCCAUACGAUCAUUCCUUGGGGCAGUAUCAGUACGACAGGUACGGUACCAUGGACUUCAAUGGCUCGACUCGACGAAAAAAUGCGACUCGAGAAACCACAAGCACUCUGAAGACUUGGUUGUACGAGCACAGGAAGAACCCCUACCCCACCAAAGGCGAGAAAAUCAUGUUGGCCAUCAUCACCAAAAUGACUCUGACUCAAGUGUCCACCUGGUUCGCCAACGCCAGGAGGAGGUUGAAGAAGGAGAACAAAAUGACCUGGUCACCCAGAAACAAAGGGGGAGACGAGAAAAAGGAGGAGGGCGAGAAGAGGGAUGAAGAGGAAUACGACACAGAUAACGAUCCAAAGGAAUGCAGGGAGGAGAAGGAGUUGAGGCUGAGCGACCUGGACGAUUUGGAAGACGAUGAGCCGGAGGAGAAACUUGAGAGCGACCAGGACAAGCCACCAACCGGCCUGGGUCUGAGGAGAGGGCUGGUGGAGACUGAGAAAACUGACUGCAACGUGUCGCCUCCGAGCGACCAUCACACCUUCUGCUCGAGGAACACUUCCACCCUGGAAUCCGAGUUCCUGGAGACUAUUGCAAACAAGCCAACUGUUUCUGUGACAGCCCCCCCCAGCCUGCCCCAGCGCUUUGAGACGGCAGAGAAGCCAAGGAUUUGGUCUCUGGCGCACACGGCGGCUUCUCACGCCUUGGUGGCUUCUCAGCUGGACCAGCCCCGGACAGGGAGAUACUGCUCGGACGCCAGGCCGGCCCAUGGCUCGGGGAGCCACCAGGCAGACGAUGGGAUUGCUCUUGGAGACUCUUCGCAAGCAGCUCAGAUCCUGAGAACUUCUGCUUUCAACUUGCAAACGCUUGUGGCCACGGGUCAACUGCACUGCGCUUCCUACCCCGUGCUGGACAACUGCCAGUUCACGACAGGGUCUGAAGGAUUUUUGAGAAAUGUGAAAUCUGAUCUGGGAUCAGCAGAUAUUAGUGAGGCGUGUCUUUUACAUCAGCAAGAGAAAGUGCGAACGGCCUUCAGACCUGUGCUGAAGAGGUGAGGUUUGUUUAACGCUGUGCCACACCGUAAGCCCAGGCGAACCUGCACAACUCCUUUAUUUUAUGCACUAAUGAUCUGACAAUACACUGGAGAGAGAGAGAGAGAGA